AUGAACGAAUGGCUGGACAGGCCACGCGAAUGGGUACGCCAUCGCGACUUCUCCCAUGGAAAAUUGUCUCGUAGGGCCCAUUUUGUGUCUCAACCGCCUCGGGCGGUACCUCGAGUCUGGGACGGCGGCGUUGCUUCUUCCCUUUCCACCAUCACCCUCCCUCCCACACCUCUUUCUCCUGUCCCUCACCGACCUGCAGUAGCUUCCCUCUCACCUUCGGGUCUGCACCCUACACCCUCAUCCCUCGCCCCUCGCUCAUCUGCAAGGGUCAACUUGCAAUAG